ACCAACCGCAACUAAUCUUAUAGAUAUAGAAUAAAAAGUUGACAUUGCUUCAUUGCUUGUGCUAUUUUUGUGGGUUAUGUGUGGUGUUAAGUUUGUCAGCGCAAAAAAGAGAGUUUCAGAUUUCAGAGACGAGCAGAACAUCGACCGAACAUGUGAUGUUAGUACCUAAGUCACUAUGAAAACACAUCAUUUUUAUUUUUAUAAACGUGACCACCGUUGCGAGUAACUUAUCAAGCGUUAUUGUUUAAGUGUAGAGAUAAAUAAGUGAAAAAUUAUGGAGGAGAAAAAAGAACUUGAUAUUUUUGAAGAUAUUUCUGCUUUCAUGGAGCGCGAUUCCAGAGGAGUAGAGAUGCUCACUUAUGGGAUUGCUGGUAUUGGAUUGAUAACAGCGUUAUACAAAAUAAGGCCUUUUGCAAAGUUUACUAGGCCAUCACAGGUGCCUCGAAAUUUUUUCAAGAAUAAAGUUUUACUGGAAGGUAAAGUGAAAAACAUUGAACCUGCUCCACAGCCACAUCUUUUAGUCGAUCACAAACCUUUAGUUCCUAUACUAAGACUAGGUACACCCAAGUACUUACCAGUUAAAAUAUCAGGAGUCAAUGUCACAGGCAAUGGUCUCAGCUGGUUACAAGCAGUUGUAAAAGGACAGAACAUAAAAUUCUUACCAGUUGCGAGAGAUGAUAAAUUUUUAACUUGUAUUGUAAUGGUGCCACAAAAAGAUAAGCAGGAAUCAAUAUCUGUUGGCAAAGAGUUGUUGAAAGUUGGAUUUGCUACAGUUGAAAAAGAAAAAUAUAUUAUACCCACUGACAAAGAAGUCAAAAGUUAUCAAAAGUCAUUGCAACUAGCUCAGAAAUGGGCAGAAAGAAAUAGAAAUGGUAUUUGGCAGUUCAAAUAUCCUCCAAGUGUUCUAUGGAAAAUCAGGAAAUCGUUGGAUGAUAAGUUGAGAUCAAUGCUUCCAGAUUCUUUGUUAAGAUAUUUUAAUAUUUAGAUUUAUAACGCGCUGUAAUGAAGAUAAUUUCUACUCGAUAUAUUUUAUGAAUUUUUCAUAAGUUAAUAUCAACUACUGUUAUAAAUAGGUCAAAGCAUCUUAAAAUA